AGUUCUAAUGAAAGUAGCCAACAUAAGGUGCUUGCCGAUCGAAAGUGUGCAGAUCCCCCAACCCUUCAGUCACAUAUUUCAAAAGCAUGGGCUGAUCAUGCAUUACAGAAACCAACGGCCGCACACAUGCUUGCUCAAGAGAUGUUCUGAUUUACAUAAAGAACAUCAGUCCCGCACUGGAAGAAAAAGUGCCCGCACAAUCUUCAUAGGGUAGAGGGCAGACAAGCAAUUCUUUGUGCUGUGGAGCUUGCCAAGAGAACCGUGUGAGUUGUCACAGCUGAGGACAUCGUGAAUUUCAACACAGCCUUGUGAGUGGUAAAGUGGCGCCAUGCUGUUGGCCUUCUGAACACCAAUGAAGAGUGCAGCUGUGGCUUCUUGAUAGAAAAUGACAAAGGGAUUAAAGUGUUGCAUGCGCCAGGCGUUAACAAAGGUUUUGACAGUGAGGAAUUGGGCUUAUCACUGACUUUGCUGAGGUUUUUCGAUGUAAUCAGCCAUAACAGCGCGGUUUACUCCCUACAGGGGGCUCUCUGGCAAAAAGCACUUGCUUCAUUCAGCACCUGCCAGUCUCUUGUGCCAAGUCCUGUGACCUACGGAACCAUCAUGAAGGUCUUGGAGGACGGGGUGACGAAUCUGAUGGUGUCCUCUUUCUAUCGGUUGAUGGCCCCAAAUUACUUGCAGCCUUUGCUGGAAACUCGGAGCCUGAAGUCCAAUGAUGUCAUUUGGGGCAGCCUUUUUGCAGCUUGUGAGACACAGGCUGCCUUGUGGGAAGUGGCCAUGCAGAUAGCCCCGCUGCAAGUGGUAUCAUCAAGCAGCAGAAUGGAUCAGAUACAAGUGAUGCCCAACGAGAUCAGAUACACCGGAGUUUGGGUGCUUGUGAAGAUUCCGAUGAUAGAGAUCGCCCUCAUCAGCAAACGAGCAGCGAUGCGUUGCUCCAGAUGA